AUGUUUUUUUCCGGGCUAAGAAGGUGUAUCUUAAACUACGCGUUUUACUGCACUGUUAGUGCAACUCUAAAAAGUAAACCGAUACGGCCAACUUCAGUGAAUGUUCUUGAACGGGAAUAUUUUACGGACAAAACUUAUAACAUUCCUCCAUGGAUUCUGUCGUUAAUUGGCCGCAAUCUACUUUCAGUCGAUGGAUCGCCCUUACGUCUGUUGAAGUUGAAGAUUCAAGACUUUAUAGAUAAGGUAUACCUUGACGAUGACAACAAACCUGUAUUCAAAUUCUUUGAAAAUACGAACCCCGUUGUAAGCACGAAGCAAAAUUUCGACAAUCUGCUAAUACCCCGAAACCACCCCUGCCGUGCAUUAUCCGACACUUACUACAUCAGUUCAGAGUACCUGCUUAGAACUCAUACAAGUGCCCAUCAAUGUGAACUCAUUGCUUCUGGUUAUGAUCAGUUUUUGAUCGCUGGAGACGUCUAUCGUAGAGACCAAAUCGAUCGUAACCAUUUCCCUUGCUUUCAUCAGUUGGAAGGCGUUUAUUUGACAAAAGUACCCGAGCUAAGACGUCUGCUGAGUAAUCGUCUUAGACAAAGUGCGGCUGAUACCAUCUUACCCGUUGAAAAUCCACCAAAGCAAGAGUGUCACUCAGAUGAUUGCUAUCAUCUUCUGCAGCAGCAUCUUAAGCAGUGCUUGGAGGGUCUUGUGCGUCACUUGUUUGGCGAUGACAUCGUCUUCCGAUGGAUCUCUAGCUACUUUCCUUUCACGUAUCCAUCUUGGGAAAUUGAAAUAUUUCAUCGGGACUCGUGGCUGGAAAUUUUGGGCUGCGGAAUCGUACAACAGCAAAUUCUGGUGAAUGCUCAGUUUCCUGACAAAGUCGGUUGGGCAUUCGGCUUAGGUCUCGAACGCCUUGCGAUGGUGUUGUACGGGAUUCCAGAUAUCCGUCUCUUUUGGAGCACCGAUUCCGGAUUUUCGUCUCAAUUUGUCGGCUUAGAUUUUCGAAAGUCUUAUAAAUACAAGGUAGGUAUAACUAUUUCUGAUCUUUGUUCAGUUGUCCGUUUCGAAUUUUAUAUUCAAUUGUGUCAAUAUUUUGCAUUUUCAUUAUACAAAAUGGUAUAUCCGGAAAAGCUCCCGGUAACGAGGGUAUCAGAAAUGAGCUCUUGA